AAUCAUAUAAACGUCAUUGCAUUGUGUGAUAAUAAAAUUGAUAAGCCGAAGCGAGCAUAAUCGACUUGUUGAUUAUAUUCAAUUUUAAUAACGAAUCGAAGAUUUGGCCAAAAGAACCGUGUUUGUUUGUGCAUAUUUUAUUAUGAAUUUGUUUGAAAUUUUACUUUUAGUCUACUUAUUUGUGACACUAUGUUUGGUACAAUCUCACUGCAUAGGGUUGCAGUUUGACAAAGAAUAUAAUCCAAAUAAUUAUUAUGAUCGCCAGCAAGUUGAGAAAGUAAAUGCUGCAUUACAAAGAUUAGAUCAUGUUCCCAACAUGGUCCAUGACUGGCCAGAUCCCUCAAUCAAGUUCGGCCAAGUGUCUGGGGUGGCCAUAGACAAUGCUGGCCACCUGCUGGUGUUCCACAGAGCAGGCAAUGUGUGGGACUACAACACAUUCUCACUCCGAAAUGUUUACCAGGCUAUUGGGGAGCCCCCUAUACCGGACCCCACUAUUCUGGUGUUCAAUGACACGGGAGAUCUUGUUGAUAAAUGGGGGCAAGAUUUAUUCUACAUGCCACACGGCAUUACCGUGGACACCAGCGGCAACGUGUGGGUGACGGACGUGGCUCUCCAUCAGGUGUUCAAGUUCACGCCGGGCCAGCGGCAGACGCCCGCGCUCACGCUUGGCGAGAAGUUCGUCCCAGGCAACAGCGAGGGUCACUUCUGCAAGCCGAGCGCGGUGGCGGUCCUGAAGAGUGGCGACUUCUUCGUGGCCGACGGGUACUGCAACCACAGGAUCAUCAAGUUCUCGCCCGCGGGCAAGGUCAUACUGCAGUGGGGGAGACAAUCCGGCAAUGGUCCAUUCGUGUUCAACGUGCCGCACGCGCUCACACUAGCCGAAGACCGCGGAUUGGUCUGCGUGGCGGACCGUGAGCGAGGUCGCGUCGCCUGCUUCAGACACGACAACGGCACUUAUGUCACUGGCUUCAGUUCGUGGCUGAUCGGCACCAGGGUGUUCAGCGUGGCGUAUUCCCCUGUACAUGGUGGUCGACUGUACGUGGUGAACGGGCCGACGGGCGAAGUGCCGGUGCGCGGGUACGGCAUAGAGUUCGACUCCGGCCGCCUCGCGCUGACCUUCGCCCCCAACGGUGGGUUCAAGAACCCACACGACAUCGUCGUCUCCGAGGAUGGCUCUACUGUAUACGUGGCUGAACUUGACCCAUACCGCGUGGUGAAGCUCGUGGACGAGGGUCUGAAGAAGGAGCGGCAGUCGCAGCCCAACACGACGACGCGGCCCAAGCCCACCGCUACCAGCGAGCUGAGCGUGCCGCCGGCGCCGACGCCGACGGCGUCGUGGUGGCGCGGCGCGGGCUACGCGGCGGCGGGGGCGGGCGCGGCGCUGGCGGCCGGUCUUGCAGCGCUGGCGCUCCGCGGCGCACGCAACGCUGGUCGCAAAGGCAUAACCCGGCGCCGUUGGGAGUACAGUCACGGCGAGUUCAAGCUGCGGCGGCUGCUGGAGCGGCGCCGCUUCACUCGCGUGCACUCGGACGACUCCGACGACGAGCCCGCGCCCAUGUUGCCGCCGCAACUCCCCGCCAACGCCUGAUGCCACACGCUCACUGAAUGCCAUAUCUAAUUUAGUUUUUAAACGUUAACUGGCCGCGAACCACAGAAACUAAAAAGGACUAAACUACUUUAGCGAGUCCGCUGCGUCUAUGCGCAUCGCCUGUCUCGGUCGCGCAGCUUUUGUGCGAUAGAAAUGAACGAGACUAGCCCAUCUCUUAUUAUGCAUGGAAAAUUUUUGUAGUUCACGCUACACAUAUUCACAGCCAUAAAGCAGCGGACCUAUUAUGUAGAAAAUAUUCGAGUACUUAAUCCGUAAGGCGAUAAAGUUGUUUGUAGAUUACCAGCAUCUAAUGGAAUGCGUAACGGUACGAGUUUGUUAUAUGGAAGUGUUCUUAGGUCUGCACCAAACCGGCGGCAGUUGUUAAUUUUUCCAGCUCCAGAAACUUUCACCACAGAAAUUGAGUGCUGGAUUUCUUUCUUAAGUUUAAAACGGUUCGCGGCACUCACUGUUAUCUAAAACUGCUAACUUUACCAGAUUUGGAUAUUUUGUUGUGUGACGGAAAGUCGUUCACCAAUAAAAUAAGAAUAAAAUAUAUGGUCAAAAUAAUGAGCAGCCUAUUUAUGGUUACAAAAAAGUCACUAUAUAAGAAUAGAGCGAAUUUAAAAUAGAGAAAGGUUGGGUACCAUCGUCUGCGCCAAAAGGCGCAGUCGUUAGGCUCAAACUUGUAAGAGAUAUAAGCUGAUAUAAAUCGGCCUUGUGACUUAUUCAUACUGUGUUUUUGAGGUCUCGUAAUAGAUAGCUAUAUACAUUUAAUGUUAUUAUUGCUGCAAAAAUAAUAUUAUUUACUACUACUGACAAGAUGGUACACAGUCCAAAAUCACACAGUUCAAAUGAAAGUUCAACUAAAUAUUACCAAGCUACGAUGAGAAGGAAUAAAAAUGUAGGUACAUAAAUAAAGUAAUUAAUUUAGUCACAAUCUUCUUCGCAGGACAUUGACGCCUGCAGACGUUAUAACAAUUAAACUUCUUUUGUG